UCUAAGACGAGAUCCCGUGACUCGCUCACACCUGAUAAAACCUACGCCAUUCUCCCCGCCAUCCUUCCAAAUUCCAAUCCCUCCAAAGAGAUCCAAACCCUAACCCUAGUUCUCUCUCUCUCUCUCUCUCUCACGCAAUGGGAAACAAAUGGAGGAGUGCCAAGCAGGCGUUGAGGACCAAGCUUUGCUUGCCGAUGAUUGAGGAUGAUGACGAUGCGGAAUCGUCCAGGGAGGUUGAGGAGCGUAGAUCGGGUUCGUCUCGGAUGACUAUGGCUUUGGGGUCACGUUUGAUGAGGUCUAGGACGCUGUCGUUCUUUUCGGGGAGUUCGUUGUCCAGGUCUGGGAGCAUGGCUUCAGAGGGAAAAUGUGCUAUAUGUCUCGACACCAUGAGAAGUGACCGUGGUGAGGCCAUCUUCACUGGGGAGUGCUCACACGCCUUCCACUUCUACUGCAUCUCAUCCAAUGUGAACCACGGGAACCUCAAAUGUCCAGUUUGCAGGAUGAAAUGGAAGCAGAUCCCAUUCCAAAGUUCCCAACCACAUGAUCAGUCUCAAGGCAGAGCGAGAGUGAGCCCAUUAGAUUUGCCUCAGGAUGAGCUUAAUAGUUCAAACAUACAUGCCCGAUCUACCAACAGACAGCGAAGCAAUGCAAACUUCUGUCACUCUUCAGAGCCUCGUGUUUUCGAUGAUGACGAGCCUGUUGGUCUGCAGCUUGAAAUGACUGAAUCUGCACUGUAUGAAUGCACUAACAAGGUGCAUGUCAAUGCAUACACUGAAUACUCAGCCAUUCCAGAGUCGGUUUCACAGGAAAAUUUCGCUGUCUUGAUUCAUCUCAGGGCUCCAACAGUCUCUGCUGAAUCACAAAUAGCCCGUGCGCCUAUUGACCUUGUCACCGUCCUUGACAUCAGUGGAAGCAUGGAGGGCACUAAACUUGCACUCCUGAAGCAUGCCAUGGGUUUUGUGAUCCAAAAUCUCGGACCUUCCGAUAGGUUGUCAGUCGUUUCCUUUUCCUCUACUGCAAGCAGACUUUUUGGUCUCCGUCUCAUGUCUGAAUCCGGGAAACAGCAUGCUCUGCAAGCUGUUAAUUCUCUUACUGCCAGGGGAGGCACAAACAUUGUUGACGGUCUCACAAAGGCUGCCAAGGUGAUUGAAGAGCGCAAGGAUAAGGUCCCUGUCUGCAGCAUCGUACUCCUUUCUGAUGGUCAUGACAACUAUAACGUUGCUCCUUCUUCUGUUGGUGUUGAAUUAUCUAAUAACAACUCGCAGUCAAACCUCGUUUCAUUUCUGCCACCAUCCUUCAGGGGUAUCACUGGCCAUCAACUGCCAGUUCAUGCAUUUGGUUUUGGUGCGGAUCAUGACGCCCGCAUGUUGCACUUAAUCUCAGAGACUUCAGGUGGAACAUUCUCUUUUAUUGAAUCUGAGAAUGUCCUACAAGAUGCGUUUGCUCAGUGCAUUGGCGGGCUCCUAAGCGUGGUGGUGCAAGACAUGACGUUGGUUGUGGAUUGCAUACAUCCCGGAAUUCAGCUCAAAGAUAUCAAAUCUGGGAACUAUGAAAAUCACGUUGCAUCACAUAUGAGGACAGGAAGCAUCAGUGUUGGGCAACUGUACGCAGAUGAGGAGAGAAAUUUUUUGUUGUCCGUCAAUGUUCCACCUGAUCAAAACCAAAGUACUCUUCUACUCAAGAUCGGCUGCUCUUACAAAGAUGCAGUUUCAAAGAGAGUAAUAUGCCUGGAAUCUGUUGAAGUAUGGCUCCCAAGGCCACAGGCCGUAAUUGUUACAGAGUCUCAAACAAUAUUAAUGUCAAUGGAAGUGGACCGGCAGAGGAACCGGCUUUGCGCUGCAGAAGCCAUGGGUGAAGCCAUGGCUGUUGCAGAGCAGGGUGAGAUGUCAGAGGCAGUGUCCAUACUUGAAAAUUGCAGGUUGAUGAUAUUAGAGUCUCUAGCAGCACAGUCAGGUGAUCAGAUGUGCAUGGCAUUGGAUGCAGAACUGAAAGAUAUGCAAGAGAGGAUGGCAAGUACGCAACGGUAUCAUUCAUCAGGACGGGCUUAUAUGUACUCGGGUUUGAGUUCACACUUACGGCAAACAGCCACCACACGUGGGGACUCAACAGACUUGAAUACAACAAUCUGCAAUUAUCAGACUCCAUCUAUGGCUGAAAUGGUUAGUCGUUCCCAGCAACUGUCUUUUCCUCAUCAAACUACUACUACUACUUCACCAGUUUGGCCAUCAAGCUAAGCCCUCCUACGUGAUCUAAAUCAAAGCAAUCUCCAUCCAGUAUCAUUGUCUUGCUUGCUCAUUGAUGAAGAUAUAUAGCUGGGAGUACUGUUUGUUUACAAGUAUGUUUCGUUUCUCUUGUUUGGGCAUAUAUAGAUGGAGGGAAGACAUACAGUUAAAAAAAAAA